AAACGCCAAGGCGGUCGAGAGGAGAAUGGCAAGGUGACCCGGCGCGAGAGCUCGGUUGUUUUCGCACUCCCCAACUCCUCUUCCUCGUCGCCGCCUCCUUCUCCCGUGUUCCCCCAAAAUUCCUCUCCUAAACCCUCCUCCCCCUCCCCCUCCUCGCCUUCCGGGGGCCCGCGAUUCUCGCGCCGGCCGAGGCCGAUGGUCCCGAUCUAAGCAUGUCCGACGCCGACGGCUUCGGUUGCGAGCACCGCCGACCCUCGAAGCGCCGCCGCGACGGGCCUGAUCAUGCCCUCCCCGCCGCGUUGUCCCGGGAGGUGCUGAUGGGCCACCCCGACGACGCCGACCCCGCCGCGGCCGGGGCGGGGUCGUCCUCCGCCUCGUCGUACCCCGGGGCCGUGGCGGCCUCCGCGGCGGCGGCCGCCUCCGCCGCCGCCUCGUCGUCCUCGCACGUCUGGCCCCGCAGGGUCCACUUCUUCGUGCGGGCCACCGACUCGAGGACCAUAGCGAUGCACGCGGCGUGGGACGACACCGUCGGCGCCGUGCUCGGCCACCUCGCCGAACGGGGGUUCGGCCGCGACCUGCGCCUCGUCUACGCGGGGAGGCAGCUCGCGUCAAAGACCGUUCUCGCUGAGCUCUGCCUCCCGCCGGACUCCACGCUGCACCUCCUUUCCCGGCUCCGAUCCACGCCGUACCCUGACGCGUGGCAGCUCGCCUCCUACAUCGUCUCCAUAGCCUCCAUCGCCAGGUCCGACCCCCUCAACAGCGCCGCGGUCAGUGGCCUGGAUGAUCUCGUCAAGGAAUUCAUUCUUUGCGCACACCGCGCCAACCAGCGCCAGCGGCAUGAUCGCGACUCUCCCAUCGAUGCUCAGGCCAUGGGCGAUCAAGCGGCGCACUACCUCGAAAUUUUCCAUGAAGCGGGCGUUCCCUUCGCACUAGUUGGCCUCUACGCCGCUUAUCCACAUUCUACCAUCCACUUCUAUGCUGGGAACGCCAUCAAAUGCUUUCUCACUAUGGAUCCUUCGGCCUUGCCACCUGAUGUGCUGCCGGUCACGGCGCCUCUGCUGCUUGAAUUUUGCGGAAUGCUCUCUCUUUCUGUGGGCAAGGAGGAUGAGCUCUAUAGAUCAUGCCGUUCUAUGCUUGCAUCAGUGCUCUGCCUGCCAUCUGGGCUCCCCGCUUCCUUGAAGUUGAAGUCGCCUUCUAAGCUGAUUGAGCAGGUCCUUCCGUUUGCUGAAGAAAUAGUGGAUGCGGUUAUGUAUGAACUUGCAUCACUGGAGAUGACCGUGUCGUCCAAAAACCUUGAGGAUCUCUCAAAUUUCUUCAAAGUGCUGCGGCAGCAGGCACUCUGUUGGGUUCCCAAUGGUGGGCCACUGCCCAAAAACCUGUAUAACAGUGAGCGUGACUCAUGGGUAUGGAAGUUGCAUGAUAUUUCAAUGAACUUGUUGAACAGGGUGGAUGAGUGCUUGAAGAAAUUGGAAAUGGAUCUAUCAUUGUCAUCGGAGAGCAGGGGGGUCAAUGUAAGUCAAUCUCGAUGGGUUGCCCGGUCACAUAUGCUGGUCGUGCUGACACAACUAGAUUUUAUAUCGAUGAUUUAUGAGGAUUUGGCGCAUAACCUGCGGCUUGUGUUGCUGGCACACAUAGAUCCUCUCAAUGCCCUCGUCCGCUUCUCCAAGAGGAAUGAGCAUCUCCACUGGCUUGUAAAGCACAAAGACCUCCUUUGCUUUGAAGCGAGAAGGAAUUUAGUCAUGAUGAUGCUUGCUGAGGGAAAGGAUGAAUAUGGGGAGCUUCACGAGAUGUUGAUCGACCGUGCACAUUUACUGGAUGAAUCCUUUGGGUACAUUAUGCAGGCUAAAUCCAGUGAGCUUCACAGUGGGCUAUUUAUGGAGUUUAAGAAUGAGGAAGCUACAGGCCCUGGAGUCCUGAGGGAAUGGUUCUUCGUGGUAUGCCAAGCUCUGUUCAACCCGCAGCAAGUUCUCUUCUCGCCUUGUCCUAGUGAUCGAAAGAGGUUCUUCUUGAAUGGAACAUCUGCUGUGGAUCCACUGCACCUGAAAUACUUCAUAUUUUCAGGACGAAUAAUUGGAUUAGCAUUGAUGCAUAGAGUGCAAGUGGGAAUCACAUUGGACAACACAUUAGUCUUGCCUCUUGCUGGGAGAAGUAUUAAAUUGGAAGAUAUUCGUCAGGCAGACCCUGUCUUGUAUAAAAGCUGUAAAGAUAUUUUAAAGAUGGAUGCUGCCGUUGUUGAUGGUCUUGAACUAACAUUUUCCCGAGAUGUUCAUGAAUUAGGGUCUCGAAGGACUAUUGAGCUUUGCUCAGGAGGGAAGGAUCUCCGUGUAAAUAUCAGGAAUAGAGAGCAUUACAUUGAUCUCCUUAUAAAGAAUACCUUUGUGGACUCGAUAUCAGUUCAGUUGACCCAUUUCGCGCGGGGAUUUAGUGACAUUCUAGUUGAUCCAGAACUCCGUAAAGUCUUUUUUGACUUUUUGGGUCCAGAAGACUUGGACCGAAUGCUAGGGGGAAGGAGCAACACUAUAAAUCUGGAAGAUUGGAAAUUACAUACCCAAUAUAAUGGCUACAAAGAAAAAGAUCGCAACAUUAUUUGGUUCUGGAAGGCUGUUGAGGGCAUGUCAAUCGAGCAACAGAGGGAUCUGUUGUUCUUUUGGACUUCAGUGAAAUUCUUACCCCCAGAUGGUUUUGGUGGGCUGGCCUCAAAACUGUACAUAUAUAAGGCAUCUGAGUCGGCUGACCGUCUCCCAUCAUCACAUACCUGCUUCUACCGGCUCUGCCUCCCGGCUUAUCCAUCCCUGAAGGUGACGAAAAACCAGCUGCAGAAGAUCGCACAAGAGCAUGUGAGCUGCAGCUUUGGCACAUGGUAGAUGCUGCCCUUAUGGAAUCCAAAUUGGUAAAUUCUGUACAUACCCAAAUUAGUGUCCAUUUACCUGUCUCAAUUGAAACUAGAGAUUAAAAGUAAUAGGCUUUUCUUGGUUUGUUUUGUAUGUAUUUGUUCUGUGCCAUUUAAUCUUAGUAUAGGCAGAAUCAAAAGAGAGCAGGUUCCUUUCAUUCUUCCUCGUU